GCCCCAGGAAGUCUUACUGGUUUCAGGUAGAAACAAUAGUUGAAGAUGUCCCGCAAACCAGCAAGCACCAACAACAUUGCCCAGGCCAGGAGGACAGUGCAACAGUUGAGAAUGGAAGCCUCCGUUGAGAGAAUAAAGGUUUCAAAGGCGUCCGCGGACCUCCUGUCCUACUGUGCGGAGCACGCCAGGAGCGACCCUUUGCUGAUAGGGAUACCGACCUCAGAAAACCCUUUCAAGGAUUAAAAAAAAACUUGCAUCAUCUUAUAGAGGAACGCUGAAGUGGCUCCUCGCCUCUUCUCAGCAAAGCAAAUGUUGAGCAGCUCCUUGGAAGAAAUUUACUUUCAGCUUAUUUGGUAACCACUGCUAAUAACUAAAAUACUCUAACUUGGAAUAAUCGACUCUGACGUCUUUAUUUUCCAAAUUGCCCUUUCUCUAAAACACCUUUUACUGAUUUCAUCCAGA